ACCUUCAUCUUCUUCUUCCUCAUCUUCUUGUUUUUGGAGGUCAUGACUGUCCAUGGAAAACCUCAUCAAUUCUCCAGAGUUUUAAGUCCAGCAUCGAUGGGGCUUAAGGAAGAGAAGAUAACUCAGCUUCAAGUAUACUGGCAUGAUAUUCUUAGUGGGAGUAACCCAUCAGCCAUUCGAGUAGCUGCUGCACCUCAGACAAACACAUCACCAACAGGGUUUGGUGCUUUGGUGAUGAUCGAUGAUCCAUUAACAGAAGGACCAGAGAUGAGUUCUAAGAUUGUUGGAAGAGCACAAGGGUUUUACUCAUCUGCUUCUCAAAGUGAAGUUGGGUUGUUAAUGGCUAUGAACUUUGCCUUCAUGGAUGGGAAGUACAAUGGGAGCACAGUAACAAUUCUAGGGAGAAACACAGUGUUUUCGAAGGAGAGAGAGAUGCCGGUGAUCGGAGGGAGUGGAGUUUUCCGAUUCGCUCGGGGAUUUGCAAAGGUUAGGACUCAUAAAUUCGAUCCUACAACUGGAGAUGCUACCGUUGUGUAUAAUAUCUAUGUUUACCAUUAUUAAUUCGUGUAUUUAAUUUGCUUUGUAAGCUCUCU